AAUAUGAAUAUGUUUUUAAAAAAACAUAGAAUUAUCUAUUAUACAUUUGCUUCUUUAAAAAACAUAAAAAUAUUUUUAUUUUCUUAUAAUAUUAUUAAUAUCUAUCUAUAUGUAUUAUUAUAAAAAAACAUGAAAUUAAUUAUAAUAUUUCACGACUUCUAUCAUAUUACUACUCAAAAUUAUAAUUCUACUAAAAAUCAAACGGAUAGAAUCGUAUCAUUAUCAGAUGUCUCUUUCAUUACAACUAUCAACGUAUAUAAAUUCACUUCUACACGGAUUCUUCCAACUAUAUAAACAAACCAUCACUUUGUAAGCGAAGUCCUGUGACCAUCACUCAGCAAGCAAAAUCCCCAACCGAUAGCAUAUUCAUGGAGACAUACACAUUAUUGAAAGAUUUAACUCUGGGAAGGGGAACAGGCUUCAUCAAAGUUCGGAUUUCAAGGGAAUGGGAAGGGAGAAAACCAGGAGCAACACAUGCCACAACCAAAACCUAUAUCAUUAUUGAUGAAGAGGGGACCCAAGUCCAGGCCGGACCCCUGCAAUUUGGUCUAAUAGCAGAUUUCUCUAAAAGGCUCCUGCUUGGAAGUGUAUACUUGAUUUCAAACUACGAUGUAGCUGCUGCACCCGACACGUACAGACCUGUGCCGGGAGAGUACAGUGUCAAUUUUCAUAGAAAGACCUCUGUCAAGAAAAUUGGUGAUGUGCCCGCUAUCCCUAUGUUCCAAUUUAAUUUGAAGACUUUCGAAGAAACCAGGGCAAGACUUGGAGAUGUUGUGACUCUUAUAGAUGUCGUGGGAAAGUUGAAAGAUUAUACUCAUAUACAAACUGCCAAAAGCGGAAAAAAGUCAUUAGAUAUUGUCCUUGCGGACAAAAGAGAUGAGAUAAAGGUCACACUGUGGGAGAAUCAGGCAUUUGAAUUCCUAAAGCUUGAAAAUGAGUACACCCAACCAAAUGUCAUUGUAAUCAUAACUGGUACUUCCACAAGACUUGUGAAAGGGGAAUCUGUGCUGUGGUCAAGUAGUUCAACACAAUACUUUUUCAAUAUCGACCACUCGGCCGUCACAACACUACGUGAGAGUACUAAGUUGGAAAAUAGUAUAAUCCCAACACUUGUGCCAUCUAUGAGGAGCCAGGAGCAACAAAAUAUGGCUAAUGUUGAAGCUGUGACAAUAGCACAACUAUUUGAGGCACAACUCCCGGAUGGAAAAAAUUUUAUUGAAUUUUACACCGAAGCAACUGUGAUUGGUUUAUUUCCCAACGAAGGCUGGUAUUAUAUUGGCUGCAACAAGUGUGGGAAAAAAAUGAAUGACUUCGGGCAAUGCAUCAAAUGUUCUCAUAAAACAAAACCAAUACCAAUAUAUAAAGUAACGCUGGCAGUCAAGGAUUCAACUGCCGAUACGUCCUUUGUCAUAUUUGAUAGACAUGUAAUGAAACUAAUAAAUGUCUCAGCACAGCAUCUACUCAACAGUGACCAGAACGCGACACCAGAGAUGAUGCCACCAAUUUUAAAUAAUAUGGUCGGCAUGACUUGCAUAUUUAGGCUCAAACUGAAUCAAUACAAUACAGUUCAGCAUAAAGAAGGCUUCACGGUGAUGGAGGUAGAUGAAGUGAAAAGCAACAAACCAACUUCCAAUUCUAAAAUUGAUUCCGGUGAAGAUAGCUCGGAACAUGACUUGGACCACGAAAGCACGGAACCAUCUGAACAUCAUCUGCAGAAAAAGAGAAAAAACCCAAAUGAUGAGACAUAUUCAGAGCAAGUACAACCUCCUCCAGAAAAUACAUCAAAGGGCUCCUUAGAAGUAGAACAAGGCCAUGAUGCUCAGAGACAUGCAAAGAAUGGAGGUCAGGUUCCACCACCAAAUUCAGGUACAAAGGGAAGGCCUGGAAACAAGAGUCUUAAGCGUACAAAUACCUAAGCUUGCAUAAUAUUAUUAUUAUUAUUGGUAACAGUAGUAUCAGUAGAUCCUUUAAUUGGCUAGGGGUAUUACCUUCUUUAUUUUACAAAGAUAUUUCAAUGAGAACUGCUAUUUAGUAACAUUCCUGUUCUUUUUACUUUUUUCUAAGACUUU